GUAAGGGAAGCUCAGUCAGCUGUCACAAUCUGAAAGGCGAGCAGAGGGAUCACAGGAGGGGAGAAACACAUAACAAGAGCUAAAAUGUCUAAUUUUUCCAACAAGUUUAGCGGUUACACGAUGACUCAACUCAACGAAAUUCUGGAGGAUGACGAAAAACUCACAAAAAUGGUACAGGAGAUGGAUGAGAUGCAGGACGUCCAGCAGAGCAAGGAGAUGACGCUGGUCAACAACCGAACCCUGGCAGAGCAAAACCUUGCCCUGCAGCCCAGACUGGAGCUCAAGAAAGAGCAGCUGACCAAACGUUACAGCUGUCUUCAGGAGAGCUUCGAGUCCUAUCAGCUUCGCAAGUCUACUCUGGACCACAAGUCAGGAAACACCUCCCUGGACACGUUGCUGGCCCUACUGCAGGCGGAGGGAGCCAAAAUAGAAGAGGAGACAGAGAACAUGGCCGAUUCCUUCCUGGAUGGCGACAUGACCCUGGAAUCCUUCGUUGAUUCCUACCAGAGUAAUAGGAAGCUGGCCCACUUGAGAAGGGUGAAGAUCGAGAAGCUGCAAGAGAUGGUGCUGAAUGGCCACCGUCUGCCCCAGGCGUCAGUCCCUACCUCCCGAUCUCAGGACGUGUCCCUGCUCACCGAGGCCGACAUCAGCAAUUCCCCUGUAGCCCAGCCGAGGAGGAAACCCCCGCCUCCUCCGUCCCAGCCAGCACCUAUUCUAAGUCCAGCUCUCACCGCUGACCCCCAGCCUCCUGUCUUCUACUCAGCAUCGCCAUACCCGCCAAUUCCCCCCAGAACAGGCCAGCCUUUCCCCAACGUCUCCUCUGGCUACCCCAACCACUUCCUAUCUCAGUACCCCCCAGCCUUGCCUCAGAGGCCCCCACCUCGUAUGGCCCCGCAGCCUGGCUUUAUCAUGCAGUAAAUAAAAGCAGUUGCCACUCACAGGACACCGUGCGUGUCGUGGACUUAUCCCUACUGGAACUGCUCUGAGAACUAUUUUUCUAAGUCGUUGGCGUUCUUGGAAUACGACCAAUCACAUCACAAGGAGGCCGACCCGUGCUGGCUGGUCUGGUCACAUUCAGCUGAAGCAGAUCUCCAAUAUCCUCUGUGGAUUCGCGCUCACCUCUCAACCCCAUCAACACUCCCAACAACAACAAAAAAAGACGUGACGAGAUCAGCCUCGACUCUUGCUUGCCUGAGUCCCUUCAGUGGAAGGGCCCAAUGCAGGCUGUAUUGAAACAAGUGUCAGCCUAUGGGUCACUGAGCUGUGCCCUCAGCUCUGCAUGCCCAUUACUUUUCAGUCUCUCACCUCCCUUCAAACAUGUUCCUCAAGCUUUUGUGGAGCACUUAAGUCACUGAAAAAAAGGGUUUGAUUAGACAUUUCCAUCUGCAGCAUACUAAUUUACUGGUAAUGGAUAUGCAAACAAAGAGAGACCCAAAUUACUGUGCAGUUUUUAUGAAAAUAUAUUCAGGCAAAACUGCAUCUAUGCUGUGAUUUUUCUUUAAAUAUAAAAAUCUGCAAGGUACGUAGACAUAUUUGAAUUUCAGCAUCUUUUAAUGAUAUAGUACUAAUGGAGUUAUGUUAAUAAUAGCCAGGAUAGACUGAUUAACAUGUGUAAAAGAGGGCUUUGGUUGGUGGAUCUCUUCUCCAGUAUGUGGGUGAGUCUCGCGAGUCCAGACCUGCCUGGUUCAAGAUGGUGUACUCGGUCCAUCUCAGGCAGACGUCAAAAGAGAGUUGAAGGAGAGCAUUAGUGUCUGAGCUGUUGUAAUCAAUGACCAGGCCUGUAGAGCCCUGCCUGAAAUGAAGGAUUUAUGUAUAGCCAUACAGUACACUUCUGAUGUGUGUUGUUUUCUGUAGGUUUCUGUUGUAAUGCAACACUCCUUUAUGUUGUCUGUUGUCCUCAACACCCUUAGUUGGGAUUGGAGAUGAUGCCAACAGUUCUUUGGAUCUCAUACGCAUGGUCCUGGUCAGUUUUCUGUCACACUGAGCACCAAAGAGUUCCCACAUCACUCUAUUUUUUUUUUUUUUUUAUGCAAGUGAAACAAUUAGUGAGGCGAUCUACCGUUGUUCCCAUUCCAACAUAUCUGUUUGUGAUGUUCAGAUGAAACACUCUUUUUGUAAAAAAAAAUAGAAAAAAAAAAAAGAAAGAAAGACAGAUUUCUACAGGAGGAACUUGCAAAGUCAACCUGGGAGGAAAUGUUUUCUGGUGCGAAAGAUAUUCAUUUGUUUUCCUCCCGACUGCUGUCGCUGUGCACUGUUGAAGAGCCACGAGUGCCUACACUUGAAGUGACGUUUAUGGCGUCCUGCUGAUUCUCUAUGCUCAGCUGUUGAGGUUAGAAUCCCCCAACCCUUCAAAGAAAGAAAAAUGGCCAAGCAUUUGGUCGUCUCCUCCUGCUACUGAUUUUGUGUUCCACCAGAAGGUAGGAAAAAAACAAAAAGGCAGCGUCAGACUGUCAGGCUUUGCUUUCUCACUAGAAGCAGAAGGCCAUAGUAGAGCGACACUGAACAUGUGCCAGAGAGACAAGAGAUGCCCUCAGGCUUUGUGCCUAGCGGUGCUUGUGCUUCUCUUCUAUUCUUCCUCCAUUACGUUGAGGAUUGGCUGGGGUCAGUUUCAGAGAUGUUUGCAUGUGUUGUUGCUGUUUUUUUUUUUUUCUUUGUUUUUUUUAAUUGGUGAAAUAACAGGGCUCUGAAAUGUUUUUUGUCAUAUCUCGGUGAUAAUACUUUAACCUCAAAGCAAGGACGUGGACCACAGAAUGGACAAGGCAUACUUGUCAGCAGGCAAAACUACAGAAAUAGCAGAAGCAUCAACAUCUCGAUGAACCAGCAUUUCUAACAACUAAUAGUGGAUAAUUAUUUUGUGCAUGGCCUUUGCUCUUUGUGUUCAGUCUAAAGAGUCCUCUUUAAUACUUUUUUUUAGCCGUUGAGCUGCUUUUUACAUUUGAACUGAUCCUCUGUAUCCAUUGUUUUAUAUGUGGUGGUGAUAUUUUCAGUGUAAUGUUGUAGGUAUUGACUUAUAAUGAAUGUUCAAGUGGAAUUUAAUGCUAUUUUCAAGUUCAAUAAAUCUCAGUUUUUUUUA